AUGCCUCUUUACAAGAUGUUCCUCAUGGCCAUCAUGGCAAUUUUGGCGAGCGCUAUGGCAUUUGAUGGAAAAGACGCCAUUCUACGGGAUUCUCUGGCUGUUGGUGGCUCUCCUGGGAACACUGACAGUCUCACGUUCCCUACAAGGCUAUUGAGAAGUACCAAAUUAUCGGAGGAUGAGGAGGUGAGGGUAGGACUUCUUCCUUUCAAGGAACCAAAGUCGCUAAAGCUCCUUAAACUAGCAAGCGAGGGACAAUCUGCCCCCAGCGCAUUCGCUAAACUACAGCUCGCCAAUGGAAAAGGUAACGUUAUUUCGAAGUCUGGGUUUGGCACAUGUUCCAGUACGUCAGAACGAUCACCAACAAAAACGACUGGGAAAAGGCAACACUUGAGGUUCUCUCAAAGCACUACACGGACGCAGCGCUGUUCGGUAUGA